AUGGAGGCUGCGCUGGCCGAGAAGGGCACCAACCUGCAGCUUUGGGCGACCGAGGCGCUCGACGCCGGGGAGAAGCUGGCCGUGGCCCGGUCGCGGUGCACCGCCCUGGAGGCAGAGCGGUCACGGGCCGCCGUGGGUGCUGAGGAGUGGCGCCAGGCCUACGAAGAGGAGGCGACUCGACGGUGGAGAGAGCGCGUUUCACGGCAGAUGAUAGCCGAGAGGCUCGUCCAAGGGAUGAGCCAGGCGUGCGAGUACGAGCGGGCGCGCAGAUUAUGUGCCGAGGAGACCUUGGCGAGGAGCCGCGCGCACGUCGCCACCUUGAUGGCGAUCGUCGACCACCUGACGACGAGCUUCGAGCUGGGGGCCACAGGCGCCGAGAACCUCCGGGCCCGCAUCGACGAGCUCGAGGCUGCCGCAGGGGCGGGGGGCGAGGCAGGAGUCAGCACCGCGGAUUUCGUCGCGGAGCUACGCGCCGUUGUCUGCCAACCCCCAGCCGACGGGGGACCGUGGCGGGGCGGCGCGGUCGGUUCCGCCGGCGCGUUCGGAUCGGCCAUCAUGGUCGGGGUGGGCCAGAACGACGGCUACGUGGGCGACGGGGCGCAGAGCAGGCGCGGCGUGCUGACGCUGAAGUACCCAAUCGAGCACGGCAUCGUGACGAGUUGCGACGAUAGGGAGAAGAUUUGGCACCACACGUUCUACGCGAUGUACGAGGCCAUCCCGGCAGUGCUCUCGGUUAGUUAUGCCUUGCCGUACACCAUCUUGCGCCUUGACCUGGCCGGCCGCGACCUCACGGGGUACCUGAUGAAGGUCGCUGACGUUACGGAGAAGCUCUGCUACGUUGCCCUCGUCUGUGACACUGAGAUGCAGGCUGCCACCGAGGUUGGGGACGAGGAGAAGGCGUACGAGCUUCCGGGCGGCAGCAUCAUCACCGUGGGCAGCGAGCGUGCCCGCUGCCCUGAGGUGCUAUUCCAGUCCAGCUUCACCGGCAGGGAAGCCAGCGGCAACCACAAUACCCCCUUCCAGUCCAUCAUGAAGUGCGACGUCGCCAUCCGCAGGGACCUCUACGCCAACACGCUUCCGUCUGGCGGCAUCACCCUGUUCGCCGGGAUCGGGGAGCGCAUGAACAAGGAGCUAUCCGCCCUGGCGCCCUCGACGAUGAGGAUCAAGAUCGCGGCACCGCCCGAGCGUAAGUACCCCAUGUGGAUCGGCGGGACCAUCCCCCUCACGCAGAGCGCUUCUCAGCAGGAAUGGGCUACGAGGGGCGAGUGCGACGAGUCUGGCCCCACCAUCGUUCACAGGAUCGUCAUCCGCGAGGCAGCGAUGGGAGGUCCAGCCGGGCUGAACGAGGACGGCGGCCUGGCCAUGCCUGGGCGCCGCUCGGAGCGGGCAGCCGCCGUGGCGGCGGGAGGGGCGCCAGCGGAGGCCAAGCAGUACCGGUUGACGGACGUGCUCGAGACCUGGGAGGUCGCGCGGUUGGAACGCGAUGAGUUCCCCCGCGAGGCCCACGAGGCCCUGGAGCAGGCGCGGAGCCUCAUGGAGAUCGGAUCCGAGGCCGAGACGGACGUGGAGGCCGACGAGCCGGCGCCGCGCGGUUGGGGCGCGUUUGCUCCCCGCCUGAGCGAGGCCGUGGAGGCCGCUCCGCGCUUGCCGAGCCACGAGGACCACCUCAAGGGCGACUCCGGCACGCGGGCGCUCGACAGUACGUGGGAUCCGACAGGCACGCUGACGCCCAUCAGUCCGGCGUUGGUCAUGCAGGCGAGGCUUAGCCGCGGGGGCACGAGCCUUAGGGGCGACGUCCCAGCGGCGGAGCUGGCGGUGGCUGAGGACCUUACUGGUCGCAUACCUCCGGACCACAUGGAGGAUCGCGCGCGCACCCUGGCGAGGUGCGGGGCCGUGCCCUCUAUCACGGGCACGCGGGUGCUCGACAGCACGUGGCGCGCUCGCAUCCCGGAGCGCGCCUGA